AUGGUUAACAUUUCGUUUAUCACUCAAACCUUGUUCACUGAUUGCGAAGACGUGUGCAAUAAUUAUCUGGCAAUAUAUAAGUUGCAUGAAAUGUCAAAAAUAAUGUCUCACAUCUCCACCCGAGCCAUACAUUGCGGCCAAUCGGCGGCCCAGUGGUCACACCGCGCGACUGUACCUCCUAUUGUCAACUCAACCACAUUUGAGCUCUCAAUACAACAAGUUUUUGAUGAGAACUUUGUGGGAAAUGACUUGAUGUACUCCCGUAUGGGAAACCCGACCCGCAGUUCGUUAAACACAGCGUUGGCCGCACUGGAGAGCGCCCGACACGCGCUGGCCUUUGGCUCCGGUAUGGCUGCGAUCGUCACGUGCGGACACCUGCUAUCGGCGGGCGAUCACGUGCUCUCGUGCGACGACAUAUACGGCGGCACUAAUUUAUAUUUUACCCAAUGCUUAAAACCAAUGGGUUUUGACGUGACUUAUACUGACUUUACCGACAUGUCGGCAGUGGCCGCCAAUAUCCGGCCCAACACACGGCUACUGUGGGUCGAGAGUCCCUCCAAUCCGCUCAUGAAGUUUGUGGACCUGAAAGCCCUGUGCGAACUCAGGGAUCGAUCGGCUCCGGAGGCCAUUAUCGCUGUGGACAACACUUUAAUGAGUCCACUAUUUCAACGCCCGUUAGACUCCGGCGCCGAUCUGUCCGUACAUUCAGUUACCAAAUAUAUCAACGACGUAACAAUGGGCGCCGUUAUGACCAAUCGGGAGGAUCUCUACUCGAGACUGGAGUUUCUUCAAAACGCCUUGGGAACCGUUAGCUCUCCGUUUGACUGUUUUCUCGCCAAUCGAGGUCUCAAGACUCUGAGCGCCCGAAUGGCUGUCCACCAAACCAACGGUCUAUCCGUCGCCCGAUUCCUAGAGUCACAUCCGAUGAUCAGUCAAGUUCUGCAUCCGGGCCUCGAGUCUCACCCGCAGUACGAGUUGGCCCGCAGACAGUGCCGGGGCUUUAGUGGAAUGAUAUCAUUCCGUUUGAAGGGAUCGGUCGCUCAGUCAAAGACAUUCCUCCAGAGUCUCAAAGUGGUGAAACACGCGGUCAGUUUGGGUGGUGUAGAGUCCAGUGUUGAAGUGCCGGCCCGUAUGUCGCACCGGGAUAUGACCCACGAGGAGCGUCGGGCGCUGGGAAUUGACGAUCAGUUGAUCCGGAUGUCGGUCGGCAUCGAAGACGUUGAGGAUCUGAUCCAAGACUUAGGAUCAGCCCUGAAAUGCGCUCAACAGUCGCUCGACAGUGACAUCUACAGCUUUUCCACCCGAACCAUACAUUGCGGUCAAUCGCCGGACCAGUGGACACACCGGUCGCUCAUUCCUCCUAUUGUCAACUCAACCACUUUUGAGCUUUCAGUCCAACAACUGUUUGAUCCCAAGUUUGCCGGAAAU